AUGAAGCGGGGUGCUCCGACCUCAGAUGCCGACAUUGACGGCCUGCUGGAGGGAUUCACCUCCACAUCAUUUGAGCGCAAGCGGGAUGCUUCGCUGGUUUUGCAGCGCUUAGUUGCCGACGACCCAGGCGGUCUCGGCACAGCACUUGCAUUGCGUAUUACCGCAGGCGAUGUGGAGGCCAGACGGUGUGCUGCUGUACUACUGAGGGAGGUGUUUACUCAGAACAGCGUGAGCCUCAUUCCCAAAUCUGAUGGGUCCAUUGGGCAGAUUACAGAAGAAGACGAAAGCCAAGCAUGUCCUGUCUGGGUCCGAGAAGGUCUCGGAGAAACCCUCCUCGAGUCAUUCCGUUCGUCGGUGUCGGAGCCGACGGUUCGAUGCAAAGCUGCAGAUGCUGUUGGCACAGCAGCUUUCCGUCAAUUCACAAUCGGCGGUCGGGCAUGGCCUGCACUGACAGCAACUCUUGCAAAACUCUGCAACACUGGUGCGCGUCCCGAGAUGAUGGCAGUCCUUGAGCUGCUGGAAGUGCUGCGAGAUGAAGCAGAGCUUGCAGAGGACUGGCAGGACAAUGCAACCGUCCACCCCAUGACAUGGGUCUAUGCCCAGUUAGCUGCUCUCCAAGAGGAGUCUGGUGCUUUGCACGCACUUCUGGCAUCUGCUCUUCUCGACCCUGCAGGAGAGGACACGCUUGCCGAACCGGCUGCACGCAUGUUUUGCCUUCUCGUCAAGGCAGAGGCUCCGGAAGAGCUGCGGAGCGCAUUCCGGGAUCUGGCACCAGCGCUUGCACAGGCGGUGGUCCGACAUCCAGGAGAGGCUUUGCUCCAGGCUUUGGCACUAGUUGUUCGAGAUGAUCCGGAGAUGUGGGGAGAAGACUUGGGUGAUUUGCCGGGUGUUCUCGCUCGUGCCGCCAUGGACUCCAAAGCAGAGCCCGCAGCCAGGCUGGCUGCGAUGGAGUCAUUGAUGCAACUCCUGAAUGCUUCCGAUGUGUCCGGUUUGUCUUCCACCAUGGAUGUAAGCGACAGUGUGGAGGAGUCGGAGCUAGAGGUGCACACCUUGACAGCAUUGGCAGCUGUGCUGGCGGAGCUGCCAUCACCUGAAGCUACCGAGUGGUGGGCCGAAGUCGUUGACGGCGAAACUGAGCUUGAAGCAGACGAUGGCGACCGAAGUCGAGCGGAAGAAUCCUUGCUGCAGGAAGCUUUGGACGAUGCUUGCCGAUUGAUCCGGCGGUCUCGCCGAGCGUGCUCCAAGCUGCAUGCUGCAGCUCUUCAACUCUUGCAGAUGGAAGCAUGGCAAGCCAAGCACGGAGGUUUGCUGCUGCUAUUGCGCCUUGCAGUUAAAACUUCGGAAGAUGGUGAGCAGACCGUGGAUGAGCAAAGAGCCGGCGAGGUUUCGCAAGCAGCUCUGUGCUGCUUCACUAAUACAAACCCUCGAGUGAGGUGGGCAGCAUUGGAGGUCUGCGCUCGGCUUUUGAUGGCCGAAUGCAGUGCACCGGUUGGACUCCUCAGUCAGAUGCCACAGCCGCUGCUUUUGCUUUGCAACGACAUUUACACGCGUGUCCGUCGUCGAGGCCUUUUGGUCCUCCUCUUCUCCGCUCAGACGGCGCCACAUGAGAUGGCGAUGCACGGCGAGAGGAUAUUCAAAGAGGUACUGAUCCCGCAUGCGCGUGACGACGAUGACAGCAGGGCGGCCUGCCGUCAAAUUGCAGAGCAGCUUGCCCUGGUCAAAGAUGUGCCAGGAGGCUGUACAGAAGAGCAGAGGACCUGUUUCCAACAGGAGUUGGAACGGGAUGCCGUGGGCGGCAGCUAUGCUUUUUGUGAGGACAUGGCAAUCGAGCUGCCCACACCAUGUGAAUAG